AUGACGAUGCGUGAGGAUUACCCCCGCUACCCGCGGGACGUCAGGGAGAAGCAAAUUGUUUCACGACCGGCACGUGAACGACGGCUGGCCGAGCUGCAUCUCACCGCCUUCCCCAAUGUGUUGAAUGAGAGCGCGAUGGAGGCAAUGACGAGGUGCGACGCCAAAUCGUUGAAGGAUGAAAAUGCGAAGAAGAAAGCCGACGACGUGGGGACCCAAAAGGUGGUACUGGAGGCGAGGGCGGUUCCACCCAUGACAAGCAACCAGCUCGUCGCACGCAUGGCAGAAAUGGCGCGGGAGGAGAAGCACAAAAGUGCGACAUCUGGCCAGCGGCGGUCACUGACAGCACCAGAUGGACGCAUCAAGAUGCAUGACGUCGCUUUCGAUCGCAGUUCGACAUACCGCCUGGACUACUGCAACAAAGAUGUACCCGGCUUCCAUGAGCGGGUGCGCGUCAUACCGGACUACACCAAGGAUUGGAGCGAAGCAGACAAGGCAAACAUUGAGGCUGCAAAAAAAUUUCCCUACCUGACGAUACCAGAGAGCUCAUUGAAGAAGCGUCCGACUGUGUACCGGCAUGAUUACAUCCCAAAUGCGGAACGAGAAGACUACAGGACCCUUCCCUACAAUACAAAUCUGCAGGACCUCGGUUCCUCGUUUGCGUACUCUGCCUACUCGGUAGACGAUCCUGCACGUGUGAUAAAGUACGACAAGGCUGUCGCCUCCUGCAACAAUCCUCGAUGUUUGUUAUGGAAAACGUACAGUCCACGGGACUCUCUCGCAGUUCAAAGGCACCCAGAAUCAACCGCAGAGGAGUUACAACAUUUGCGAGAGCUUCGGCGUCUCCAACUGUCGAAAUCAAGUGAUCGUAGUUCCUCGUCAGGGAAGAGCCCGGCUGAAGGCUCAUCUUCUUCAAAGGUGAUUGUGAUACCGGGAAUGCGAGGCAUGGGGUAUCGUCAGGCGCCGAAGGAGGGCAAAGAUUACAUUUAUCUUCCUCGGGACCACUUUUGUCACCAGGUAGUGUAUGACUACUAA